AUGCAGCAGCGCCGGGUGCCGGCGCGGGCUGGGCAGGGCCGCCCUGGGCCGCGGCCCAGCGGCAGGGAUCGAUCCAGGCCCGGCGGCGCGGGGAGCUCGGCACCAGCGGGGGCCGCGGCCGCCCUCCCUUGUGGCCGGACCCGGACCCGCACAGCCCGGCAGGCUCGGCCCGAGCCGCCCUCGGGCGCGGGGCUGCCGGGAGAGCUCGGCCGGCGGUGCUGGAUGGCGCUGCGCAGCGAGCGGCUGCCGCCGGACCCGGCCGUGCCAGCAGAGAACCACUCCCAUGUUACACUGUUGGCAAAAGCAGAGGAGUCGCUGCUGAGGAGAGAGGCAGGUGAAGAUUUUCCGGCACCUUUUCUGGAUGGACAACGAUACUAUGAACAGGGGUUGUAUGAAGAAGCAUUAAAGCAAUUUGAAAAAAUUAAAGAUACAGAUUUUCAAGCAAUGUAUCAGCUUGGUGUAAUGUAUUAUGAUGGACUUGGCACUAAAAAAGACCCUGAAAAGGGAGUGGAAUACAUGAAUAAAAUACUCAGCUCUGAUUCCCCAGAAGCAAGUCACUUGAAGUUUGCAGCUGCAUACAAUCUUGGCAGGGCAUAUUAUGAAGGAUGUGGUGUUAAACAUUCAACCGAAGAGGCUGAAAGGUUAUGGCUUACUGCUGCAGACCAUGGAAAUCCAAAAGCAAGUGUAAAGGCCCAGAGUACUUUAGGAAUGCUUUAUUCUAUGCCAAUUCUAAAAGAUCUGAAGAAGGCCUUUUUCUGGCAUUCAAAAGCAUGUGACAAUGGAAAUCUGGAAUCACAGGGAGCACUUGGCAUUAUGUAUCUCUACGGACAAGGUAUACGUCGCAACACUAAAGCUGCUUUGGAGCAUUUGAGAAAAGCAACACAGCUUGGAAACAUCUAUGCUCAAGGCCAUCUUGUGGAAUAUUACUACACUAGAAAAUUUUACUCAAAGGCUGCUGCACUAGCCAAAAGGUGAUGAACAAACAGUUCAUUGUGCUUCCAGGAGAGCAUUCUUGAAGAAUUCCCAGCACUCACUAGCUCCUUUAUUCUCUGUGGAAGCUUCCUAUGGAGACCCUCCCAACUGUGCUGUGAGCUGAAGUUUUACUAUUCUGAAAUCUAAAACCUUUGUCCUAGUACUAACACUCAGAGUGCUCAGCAGGAUCCCAGAUCCUCAAUGCACCCAAGGCUGUCACUCACUGAGGAACUACAAAGCAGGUUUUCUUGGUUUGCAAGUAGCAAGUCAAGCAGUGCCUCAUUCCUGAUUGGCACAUCUGACAUUUGGUUGAGGCAGUAGUACUCUACUGCUCCAUUCCAGGAACUUCAUGGAUGUCCUGGGACUUGCUGUAUUGUUCUUGCAUCUAAUGCCUGGGUAGUUCAAGUCACCCAUAAGAUCCAGAUUCUGUUUCCCGAAACUUACUUAAGUGACCCAUAUAUUGUCUCAUUGGAGGUCACUAACAGAUGCUUAGUGUAAGAUCUCUCUUGAGAUGAUCCCUCUGAUCCUGGCCUAGAGGCAUUCAUUUAGGCUUCCAAAAUUACCAUAGUUAAUUGCCAUUAACUUCUACACGUUCAAGGUUCUCCUUAACUCAGCACAUGACUCUUCCUCUUUUUCUGCCUUUACAAAACAGCCUCUCCAUCCAUCACGAUCCUCCUGUUGUGUGAGUUGUUCCACCAUGUGUCAGUUAUUCCUAUGAUUGUGUGACUUUGAGUGGGUGCAGAGCUCCAGUUCCUCCUGUUUGGUCCCCAGGCUGUGUGCAUUGUACACAUACACUUGGGGUGGUUGUCUUCUGGUCCUCAUCCUGGGAAGCAGCUAAGGAACAUUUGUUGCUGCUCUGGUUGGCCUGGCUUAUUCUCCAGUUGGUUGCAAUGGCACAAGUGCAACCACUUUGGGUCUAGAGUGCCCUCAAAUCCUCCCGUUUAAAGCUCGCCUCAGCAGGUUGGCCAGCCUGCUGCCAAAGAUUCCUUUGCCUCUUCUAGACAGGUGGAUCCUAUCCCUCCUUAACAGGCUAUAGUCAUCAAAGAAUGUCCCAUCAUCAUAAAAGCCAAGACAGUUGUGACCAGCACCAGCCACAAAGCCAGAAGUUGAUUUGUAUUAUAUGUGUGGUUUUGGUUGCAUGCCUUCCUCCCACUGGUAGAAGGGAACUGGAAGGAAAGGUAACUUGGCACCAGUACUUGCCUGCACCCCAGGGCUUUGUAGUCUCUGAUUUGGUGGUGUCAUUCGUGCCCACAUGAAAGAGUCGCAAAGGAUCUGUGUGUGCUCUGGACAAGUUGUGGCACCCUCUCAGCAACAUCUCAGACCUCAGCUCCUGGACAGCCACACACCCCUCCUGAGUCCCCGUCAGGCUGAGAGAUGGUGCCUCAGUGCCCCUUCACAUAAAGUUACUCACUCUUGAGUGCUUACUUCUUUUUGUGGUUUGUGCUGCUGGUAGAGUUUCUCCUUGCAGACCUUGCUCCCGGGUGUCUACAGUGAUUAAAGUUUCAUGUAUGCUUUAGGUUGUAGUGCUGGAGGGUGGGGAGGAAAGCAGUCCUGCUUUUGCAUGUCACUGGGCUCCAAGGUGCCUAAUUCUCUGUGGUGUCCACCACAGGAGUAUGAUUUUGAAACCACUUACCUAUUUCCAUCUUCAUCUCAGCACCUCUAAUACUGCAAACAGUCUUCCACUCUCCACCUCCUCCAUCUUAAUGUCAUUUCUACUCACUGUCUCCCACCCCAUAACUCCCUUGCUCUGCAGUUUGGUCCAGUUCCUGUGUCCUUUACAGGAAAUGCAAGCACUGACACAGCUAAAAUUAUGUGUAAAGAAGCAUAUAAUUACUGUUUGGUAUCUAGAAAGGAUAUGGGGCUUGGGGGUAUCUGUUUUAAGGCAACAGAAAGAAAUCAAUUCUCACAUAGGUAUAGCAUUUUCUAAUAUUAUAGUGAUGAUACUAGAUAAUUAUAGCUUGAUAGUUAAAACAACAUUGACUUUGUCCCUCUGAUUCUUAAAAUAGUUCUUAAAAAACAUGCUGAAAUUAAGAUGACAGAAAACAUGCAGAAGAAAGGAAAUAAUUGAGCUGAGACAGUGAUAAGUGGUUUUCCUAACAGAGUUUUAUAACCAGGGACUCUCAAAUAUGUCCAAGAUUUUCAGAUUACUAUGAUUUGCCAAUAUCCUUGUAAGAACUGGAAAUUUUAGAAUCACAGGAUCAGAGAAUCGUGGAAUGAUUUGGGUUGGCCCUUUGAAGAUCCUCUAGUUCCAGCCCCCUUGCUGUGGGCAGGGACAUCUUCCACUACAUGAGGUUGCUCGCUCAAAUACAUGAAAUAAGAGCUUUGCCUUUCUUCCACAUAUAAUUUCCAUAAAAUAAUUUAAUAGGAACAA